AGUAGGCAGGCAGGCAGGCAGGCAGCAUAUCAACGUUCCCUUGUACCGCAGCUCUGCAUUUGUUCGUGCAUACGCUGCGACGUGUUCCGUCGUGACAUAAUUUAGAGAGACCUCCACAAAGGCUGAAAAAGGAAUGAUCGGGUAGAAAGGAGUUGAAUGGUACGGUAUGUUUGAUUAAGUUUGUUAUUCUCAGCGUUUGGGUCAUCUUGGUUCAUACAUGGCAGAUUCUGACCCAGCAAGAAAUUUCUGUCAAAUCCGAUCAAAUUCGACACUUGGGAGUCUCUUAAGGAACUGGGAGGCCUUGACCCAAGAUCACGUAGAGCUUUGGAGACCAACAGCCGCAAGAUGAACGCGCAUCCAACAGCGCAGGCCGAACCCUGACCUGAGAUGCACAUUUGCGACAAGUUCGCAAUAUAUCGCAAGCGUUUCAAAUGAUGCAGGCAUCUGGCGAAAGCAUGAAUGCUGACGACUGCAACGGAUGCGCUCACUCGUCAGGCAACGAGCCCGAGCCGUCGACGGACAGCACAAACGGUCAACGGACCUUGACUCGUCGCUCCCACGCGGAAAAGCCCGUCGAGGUGGAGCCGCGCGCUGAAGAAAAAUCGCCGCCGUCACCCAACCGAGCGGAGCCGACGGAGGACGGCGGCGCCAGGCACACGGGGCUCGGGGCGGGGAAUCUUUACGGGGAGUCGGCCGCUUCCAAAAGCGCUUCGCCCGGACCCGUCCGACUUCCCAACGGAAAGUUCCAAUGCGACGUGUGCGGGAUUAUUUGCAUCGGACCCAAUGUGCUGAUGGUGCACAAGCGAAGCCAUACAGGCGAGAGGCCUUUCCAAUGUAACCAGUGCGGCGCUUCCUUCACCCAGAAGGGCAACUUGUUACGUCACAUCAAGUUGCAUUCCGGAGAGAAACCCUUCAAGUGCCCCAUUUGCAACUACGCUUGCCGGAGGAGGGACGCCCUCGCCGGACAUCUGCGCACACAUGCAGUUUCUUCGCCACUUGGGGGAAAGCCUUUCAAGUGCAUCUACUGUAGUCGCAGCUACAAACAGCAGAGCACAUUGGAGGACCAUUUCGACCGCUGCCACACUUUUCUCAAGAACCAGGACCAUAAGGCAGCGGUCAACUCCAAGAGACUACAGCAAGAUGAUCAGUCUCUGAAUUUGGAGACGAUGGCUGAACGCACAUUGGACACGUCCAGCGGGAAAGCCCAGUUUGCGGAUAGAUUAGCAGUUAGCAUCACCAAGCGCAAGAGGUCAACGCCACAGAAGUUUCUGGCUGACAAGCGCAUCCAUCUCGAAGUCCCGUGUGACUUGUCGUCCGGUUCCGAGAGGGAAGGGGAGCAACCGAAGCCCCAAGACGUCGCGUUUGAUCCCGCCUUCUCGUGUGAGCUGCGCGCCAUCCUGGGCUCCGCUAACAGAAAGGUGCCGCCUCAAGGAGCCCCGGGCGGACUCUCGCUGCCGCCUCUCGGCCCGCCCUCUCAAGAAGCAGGCGAAGGCUGCGACGGUCUGCCUUCGCUUCACAGCCACGCGACCUCACCCGACGGAUGUCCCGACUCGACAGAUACGGAGAGCACAGCGGAAGACCUCAGCGCCAGGGCUGCGGUCCAAACACGUACCUCGAACAACAACCAGCACCUCCACUACCAGAGCCUGGCGCUGCCCUACGGCCUUUCCGGCCUCGGCCCGGAAUGGGAGCGAGUGUGCCCUUCCCCUCCCGCCUCGGCCAAGAGGGGCGUGGGCGCACCGCUCCCGUCCGGCGAGAAAUUGCGGGUGUUGGACAGGGACGGACGCCCCGUGCGCUGCUUCCACUGCCGCCACUGCCGCAUCCUCUUCCUGGAUCACGUCAUGUUCACCAUCCACAUGGGUUGCCACGGCUUCCGCCGGCCCUUCGAGUGCAACAUCUGCGGCCACUGCAGCCGGGACCGCUACGAGUUUUCCUCGCACAUGAGUCGAGGAGAGCACCGGCUGGCCUGAGGUGAGCGCCAAGAAAAGCGUCCGGGGCUCAUCUUUGCUCCGCAACACAUCAUGCUUGAAAUCCCCGGUGCAAAAGUCGUCCUUUUGUUAGCUACGGUACUGUUUUGUCUUUCCCGUUGAAGAUCUCUGGUCAAGCGUUUCCACGUGACGCAAUCUAUUCCGAUCCGCUCUUUACAUACCCAUCACAAUUUCACCCGUUUUAAGAUGCGUGAUCAAUGUCAUGUAUCAAGAUUGAUCUUAGUCAUCGUUUUAACGUAAUAGUUGUGCUCGUUUUUGUCAAGCUCCCCCGCCGCAGAGCAGCUCUGCUCGGAGGGCGGCAAUAGAUCGAUAAAUGACAACGUCACCGUACGUUUAUGUCAAACGCCACUUCUGAUGGAAUUGGGAAAGAGAAUAGUUUGCCCUCGUGAAUCCGAGUUCCAUUCCAUUCGAAUCGGGCCUGUUUAUUCCGAUUGAGGCGUUUAUAUGGAGCGUUUCCUUUCUCUUUGGGUUUUCAAUGUCUUUCGGAUCGGAUUGCAAGACUCCAUGUAAACCCAGUUUAUAAGAAAAAAAAAAAUCAUGAUGCAUUAGACUUAAAUCGCGCACAGUAGAUGCAUCAUUGGCGCCCUCUGCUGGCCGCAGCAGCCGGUGCCGGCUGACGGUUAGCGGACGGCCGCUCCACCUCAGAGCCACGGCCGGGCCUGGUUUUAUUCAAAUGAAGCAAAAACGGGUGAAGAAUCUUCCGAGAGCAGCAUUUGUUUAUUGCGGCAAAUUAUGGAAUGAUAGAUUGCACUCUUAUUGAAUCAUCGGGCAAAAUAUGAUUUUGCUUGAAAAGUGCCUUCUUGGGGGAUUUCUCCCAAACUAAAAAAAAAAAAAAAAGGAAGGGAACAGGUGCUGGGAAAUGUUGACUAGCCAUCUUCCCCUUGACUUCAAUUACUCCAUGAAAUGGUUGCGUGCACAAGCAGAACGGAAGGCACCGUGUUUACAUUGAAGAAAUUGUGGACUUUAGUGACGUCAGUGAGGUGUCUGAGCCUCAUUUGCACUUGAGAGGUUUGUACCUCUGGGACCGGAAAGGGGGCGGGGCUUUCGUCAUAGGCUCCAAAUUGAAAAGGACUGCCUUAAUUAUAACUUGUUUACAGUGUUGGAAACUCUGUGCAGAACCAGAACUAUGGAAAUUCCGUGAAAGUAGAGUAGCUUACCUCGCAUGUGGCGUGUUGGAGUGAGCCUUUCGGGAGAUGGUCAGCGCUUGAGCCAUCAAGUUUACACAGGAAGACCCUGGCCAAGAUGGCGCCGGCACGCAUCCACGUGCGUCUCUGCCCGAGCACUUGGUGGGCUUAAUUUAGUCGUGCUCGUUCUUCUGCCCCGAACUAACGAUUGAAUCAAUCUCUCACAACGAAAGUCAUAUCAUUUGCCUUUCUCAGACUCCCAUCACGUUGCACAAUUUAUAGGACUGACUCACUUUGCUCGUGGCACUUGGAAGUUAAUUGGCGUCAUCGUUUAGCAAGUCUAACUUGAAUUAUGUUGCGUUUCACUGGCGGUAGUCUAUUUCUUAGUGUCGCUUGUUUCAACCUGGGUGUAUUUAAUCAGCUAUAUUCCAAAUCUUCUCCGGCGUGUUCCUCAAGCGGACGAGAGAUGUUACCUCCUGCUUCUUUCUAGCACCCAACAACCUUAUUGCUACAGUACAGUGACGUUUCUGUCCAUGUCGAUUUUGGGAACACGAAUGAGACCAAUCUCAGUAUUUUUGACUUGUUAUUGUGGGUUUGCUGCUUUAAGAUGUGAUUUUUUUUUAAAACACAGAAUGUAAUGAGGUAGUUUGACCAAAAAAAAUAAUAAUUAAGAACCUCAAAUGGAGGAACGUGCGUGACUGGACGACAGCAUGUGUGCUUGUCACCACCCUGCUUUCACCUGAAUUGUCAAUUUAUUAUUAUUUUUCUGCAUAUGUGAAGUUCAGUGAAAAACGAGGCAUGGGGUUGUGUCUCCUUGUGUGUAUUUUGUUGUGUUCUUUUGUGAGAUGCUAUUAUAUGACAGAAACAAUUUACCUCAAAGUUGAACUGCCUCAUCACUUCAAAAUGUCCUGUUGCUUUCUGAGAUGUUUUCUGCAAUUACAAAUGCGUUGCCCUCGAUAUUCUGCAAACUUUUUACUGUUAUUAAAGUUCGGGUUAUUGUUAAAAUGA